AUGCAAGGCCUGCAGCAGCAAGCAGCCGGCCGGGUGCACGCGAUGCCACCGCCACGGAGCCGCGUGGCGCUCGCGGCCGUCGUCGCUGCAGUGCUCCUCCUCGUCGCAGCCAGCCCGCCGCGGGGUGCCGCCGCCCACGGCAUGGCCUGCAGCACGGGCACGGUGGGCGAGUGCGCGAUGGGCAGGAGGAGGGAGCUGGGAGGGAGCGGCUACAUCGGCUACGGCGCGAUGAGCGCCGGCAACGUGCCGUGCUCGUACCGCGGCGCGUCCUACUACAACUGCCGGCCGAGCGGCGCCGCCAACCCCUACUCCCGGGGCUGCUCCGCCAUCACCCAGUGCAGGGGCUAG